AUGGCCCAAGCCAAGGCCGAUGAACACACAUGUCUUCUACGGUCGGAACAUUCCAGGGGCGCAGGACAGCCAAAGGAGUUUCCUUUGUCUCGACAGAUUAUCAUUGUUACUGCGGUCUCUCUCGUUCAGCUUGUCUUUUCUCUCGAUCAGACUGCCAUCACUUCCAUUCUCCCAGCCGUUGCGAAGGACCUUCAUGUCGGUUCAUCGUUCUCAUGGAUUGGGGCCAGCUUCUUCGUCACAAGCACGAGCGUCCAGCUCGUGACUGGGAGACUUUCUCAGAUUUUUGGUCUUAAAAGCCUCAUGCUAACUUCUUUAUCCGUCAUGGCCAUCGGUAACAUCCUCUCUGGCCUGGCCUCACAGCCUUGGCAACUAUUUGCUACUCGAGCCGUGACUGGAUUUGGCUCCGGGUCAAUCAACGCCUUGAUCCAAGUCGUAAUCACUGACACCGUCCCGCUCAAGGAGCGUGGUUAUUUCGAUAGCAUCCUUGCUGUAUUAGGGAAUACCGGUAGUGUCAUUGGACCUCUUGCCGGUGGGUUUCUUGCCGACCGCGCGUCGUGGAGACUCGCAUUCCAUCUCCUUAGUGUCAUGAUUGGGCUUGCACUCGUCCUGCUUGUUAUCACGCUGCCGGAGUCAAAGGCCAGUGGUAAGACCUGGAACAAGUUCCGCGCCCUUGAUUGGUCAGGACUGGUCACAGUUAUGGCUGCAAUUAUCUUGCUUCUGGUACCCUUAUCUCAAGGUGGCAACGCCAUUCCGUGGAAUUCCCCCAUCUUGAUUGCAAUGCUUGUGACUGGGUUCCUUCUCAUGCUCCUUUUCGUCAGACUAGAGCUACGGGCUUUCGAUCCGAUUGUGCCUGUGCAUCUUUUCACAAAAAGUCUUCCUGUCAAUUUACUCCUCGGACAUUACUUCAUCUUCGGUUGGAUCUUCUGGGUGAACCUCUACUAUAUUCCACUCUAUUUUCAAAAUGCUCUGCAUAUGGAUGCCUCGAAAGCUGGAUUCUUCAUUAUGCCGCGUCUCAUGUCUCAACUUGUAUUCUCCCUUCUCAGUGGGAUAUACAUCUCAAAGACCGAUGGAUACUACUCGACACUCGUAGUAGGGGCGCUCGUGUGGGUGAUUGCAUCGCUAUGGAAAGCACUGUUCACCUUAGAAACCCCGGCUUGGGAGUUCAUAGCUCAGGGUGUGCUAGAGGGGUUUUCUCAGGGCUGUAGCUCUCUGCCAGCUCUGAUCGCGCUGUUAGCACUCUGCGAGAAAGAAGACAGGUCCAUUAUUCCGGGCUUACGUAGUUUCUUCCGUACGCUUGGGGGAGCUAUAGGGACGAUAGGUACGCACUUCUCAACCGGGUUUUUAGAAUCCAUGCCACAUACGUCCUUGCGAUGA